AAUGAUGAGCAACGGAUUCGCGACUACGGGUCAUACACCCACUUGGGAUUCAAGUUUGACGAAUACAGAUAGUCAAAGUUACGAUGAAUGUUGGCCGGAUGCUCACCUUUAUCAUCACCAUCAUCAUUUACACCACCACCAUAUUCACCAACACUCUUCUACAGUAUCUCAAAUGUGGCCAAACCCGCAUAACCAUGCUCAGCAACAAAGUAUAACUCAAAAUGCAAUACCCAGAGGCGGCGGCGGAGGAAGUUCGCAAAAGUCGUCAUCAAUGGCGUCGUCGAAGAAAAUCCGUCGGCGGGUGGCUACGCUGGCGCAGCGGCGCGCGGCCAACAUACGCGAGCGCAGGCGCAUGUACAACCUGAACGAGGCGUUCGACAAGCUCCGGCGCAAAGUGCCCACGUUCGCGUACGAAAAGCGGCUGUCCCGGAUCGAAACGCUCAGGCUGGCCAUCACGUACAUCGGGUUCAUGACCGAGCUGCUGCAGUCGACCCCGUCGCCCGGCGCAGGCGGCGAUGCGGUACAGUCACCCGCGUCCGCGGCGUACGCUCUGCCGCCCCAACACCACGACAUACCCUACGCGCCGUACUCGCUGAUUCCGCCCGUCUAAACUGCGGAUGGGUAGGUGCUCUCCUCCGCGGCACGCAAUAUCCGCGAGCUCUAUAUUCUGUGCAAUACAUACAUAUCUAUCUAAUAAUAUAAUUUAUACAUAUUGUACAAGUCGACCGCCGUGUACAGCCCGUAAGGAAUCUGCGAUUGUUCGUAUCAAUGUCUGCAGCGAGCGCGAAGUCGAUCUGAACCUAUUGCCGACGUAUAUUACAUUAUUUUAAGUUAUUUAACGUUAUUGCUUCCCGAAUCAUCGACGGUUAGUUGUACGAGAUUGCGGGAACGACAAAAUAAGUCUCAAAAAUAUCAAUAUUAUAAUAUGCACGUUUUUUUGAUACUCAGAAAAAAAUAAGCAUAAAACAUUAUUAUUAUAAAUGUAUAACUAUAUAGGUAAUAGUUUUUAUAUAGAAAUCUGGAUUUAAAAAAGUCACCCCUAUCCCCUCGUGUAUAUAAUAGGUUUACAUUAUAUAAUUAUACAUUACCAUAUUAGUAUAAUAAAU